AUGGUCCACUCGGCAGGUAGCCAGCUACGAUCCCUGCGAGGCCCGUUGGCCGAUCCUGUUCGACAGAAGACAUCCGAAGUGGCACAGGAUCCGCCGUAUGAGCCGCCCUUCGCGUCAGUACAAGUUCCCACGAUCACCGAGGAUCUAUCUGAAGCUCAAUACGGCGACUCUGCUCCUUUGGUACACCCUAGGGACACUCAGUAUGCGACGGAAGCAGCGCUCUCUGGGGCGAUGUUGGCGCAGAAGUUGUCGCAGGGGAUGCCCUCGCGUGGACAGGCGGUUAUAGGUCCACAGCAUAUACUGCAUGCCACGUCAGCAUGGAAUUCUCCCGUCGACCCUCUGAAUACGACCACUCUCCAUCCUUCGCCUUCAGAGCCCAUACGAUUGAAGCACCGCCACGGCGUCAAUGGACCACCUUCUCCCGCCGACUACGAAAGCUUGCGCAUGAAGAAGAAGCAGUAUGCCAAGACGUUCCGCGAUAACGAGAAGCACUACUUCGAAGAGCUUCGUCGUCGAUUGUUCCCUACCGACCCGAAUGUGCGCUACUCGGAGUGCCUCGAGCGCGCCCUUGUCGCGUUUGAUGAGCUGGAGACGUACAAGGCGCGCGAUGAUCAGCGGGACGCGGAGAUUAGGGGCUGA